AUGGAGGGCGAGGGGCGGCUGCUCCGCGCGGCGGGCGGCUUCGGCCGGGCCCGGCGCCUGCUGGCGGCCGCGUCGUGGCUGCCGUGCGUGGCGCUGGGGCUGGCGCUGGGCUCGGAGCCGCUGCUCUACGCGCUGCCCCCGCAUCACUGCCGGCCGGACCCCGCGCUGCUGCCGCCCGCCCUGCGCGCCCUGCGCGGGCCCGCGCUGCUGGACGCCAGCGUGCCGCGCCUGGCCCCCGGCGGCGGCCCGAGCCCCUGCCUGCUCCUGCACUACCCCAACGGCACGCGCCCCUGCACCCGGGGCUGGCACUACGCGCUGCCCGCCGCCGGCCUGCUGAGCAGCCCCGUGACCCAGUGGAACCUCGUGUGUGAGGAUGCCUGGAAGGUGCCCCUGCAGCACGCGAGUCACCUCCUGGGCUGGGUGCUGGGCUGCGUCGUCCUGGGCGCAGCCUGUGACCGAUUUGGCCGCCGGGCUGUGUUUGUGGGCUCCCUGCUGGGGGCGGCAGGCCUGGGGGCCGUGGAGGCCCUGGCCGGCAGCUUCCUCGCCCUGCUGGUCCUGCGCCUUCUCCACGGGAGCUCGCUGGCAGGCGUCUCCCUCGCCCUCUACGUGGCUCGCCUGGAGCUGUGUGACGCCCCCCACCGCCUGGCCUUCACCAUGGGUGCCCACCUCUUCCUGGUGGCCGGUGUCCUGCUGUUGCCAGGCCUGGCGCUGCUGGCCCAAGACUGGCGUCUCCUGCAGGCCUUCAACGCCCUGGUCAUGGGCCUCCUGCUGCUGUUCUGGGGGUUCCCGGAUCUGUUCCCGGAGUCUGCAUGCUGGCUGCUGGCCACAGGGCAGCUGGCCCGGGCCAGGAAGAUCCUUCGGCGUUUGGCAGAAGCCAGUGGGGUGGAUCUGGAGGACAGCUCGGAGGAGGAGGAGGAGAGCUCCCUGGCCACUGACCUGGACCUGCCGUCCGCAGGGGCCCCCCGGCACCACUGUUUCCUGGAGCUGCGCCACACCCGCGUGGCCUGGAGGAACGGCCUCAUCCUGGCCUUCAGUUCGCUGAUCGCUGGGGGCGUCCGUGCCAGCUUCCUGCACGGCCUGACUCCAUCAUCACAGGCCUUCUACCUGCCGUUCUUCCUGACCGCUGGUCUGGACACGGCGGCUACGCUCCUGCUGCUGCUGACAGCUGACCGCUGGGGCAGACGGCCACUGCUGCUGCUCAGCACCUUGGCCACGGGCCUGGCCUCCCUGCUGCUCCUCGCUGGGGUCCAGUACCUGCCUCGCUGGACGGCGCUGCUGCUCUCUGCCCUGGGGCUCCUGGCCGCGCAGGCCCUGUGGGCCCUCAACUGCCUCCUGGCCGCAGAGGUGCUGCCCACCGUGCUCAGGGGCGCGGGGCUGGGCCUGGUGCUGGGCGCCGGCUUCCUGGGCCGCGCGGCCGCGCCGCUGGCCGACGCGCAGGGCCGCGGCGGCUUCUUCCUGCUCCACGUGCUGUUCGCCGCCUUCGCGGUGCUGGCACUGCUCCUGGUCCUGCUGCUGCCCGAGAGCCGCGGCCGCGCGCUGCCGCACUCGCUGCCCGACGCCGACCGCCUGCGCCGGCCCCGGCGCGGGGACCUGCCGCUGCCGCUGCUGCCCGCGCCGCGCGGCCACAAUUAA